GUCCAGGAAUCCCAUGGUGGCGGGUAAUAGUGUGGUAUGAUGUGGCAAGCACGGAAUGCAUGUGGGAGCCCUGCAUAGAGCGACAUGAAGGAAGUAUCACUCACCCCUGGGUCUAGAUUCGGCGACCAUUUACCAUGACGAGCCCACUCGUUGAUGGUUCGUUGUCUUAGUCAGCGCUUCUGAGAUGGACUGGCUCGGACUCUUUCUCAAGCCUUGAUAUAUGCUUCCAUUUGCGUGAACCAGUACUACUAGUACUGUAACUUCUCCUCGGCAUUCUAGGAGAGGAAGCAAGAACCUAGCAUCUUCAAACAGUUUAGCCAUACUCUAGUCAUGGCUUCACCUAUUCCCACAGCUGGAUUCGCCAGGGAGUUUGCGGGCAACUUUAGUGAUCUUGCCGCCGAUUUUGCAAGCAAUGUGGUCAACGUCAUCUCUCCCUACGUCCCUGACGCCAUCAAGUCCAACAUGCCCACGGUCAUGCCAUCGCCAAUUCCUUCGGAGAUGAGCUAUGGCUGGAAAUGGGUGGUAUACUCGUCUCUGCUCGCAGUGGGCAUUCAUGUCUUUGACUGGGGCUCCAGGGUGCGCCGCAACAGCAAGCUUCGCGAAUUUGGUGCCCCUGCCCCCAUGGUGCCUUUCAUUGCACCAUUCGGAAUUGAUCUUGCCAUAUACUCCUUGUACAGGUUCUUUCAUUUCACCUUCUUCGAACUCGUCAACUCUUGGCUAGAAUCUGUACCUGGACGCACCGUCGAGAUGCGCAUGUUUGCUACCGGCCUGCUCUUCACGGACGAGCCCGCAAACAUCAAGGCUAUUAUGUCUACGGAGUGGUCCAGUUUUGGUAGAGGCGAUGUCACCCAGCGUAUCUGGGGUGAUAUGCUUGGGCAGACACAGAUCUUUGUCGUUGAUGGCGAGGAUUGGCACAAGAGCAAAGAUCGUAUCAAGAACCAUGUAAUGAAGUCACGCCCCACCGAUCUUGAGAUCACUGAGAAGCAUGCCCAGAUCUUGUUCAAGCGCUUCAAUGCCGGCAAGCCCAUCGAGGUCUACGACGUUGCCGAUCGCUAUCAACUGGAUGUCGUGAGCGAGGUGUUCUUUGGCGAGUCAGCCAACUCCCUGAACGGACACCACCCGUUUAGGGAACCUAUGGAGACACUGCAUCCCAUCAACACGGCACGCAUGCUGUUUGGUAAAAACGCAUACUACGUCAAGGACAAGUAUUUCGCGCCAAAGGCGCUCAGGGAACUGAACGCCUACACCACGGGCGUCGCUGAGAGGGCAUAUGCCAGAGAUCUUUCGAAGAAAUCGCCCGAGGAUUACAACAUGUUGGAGGAUCUCGUCAGCCAGAAGAAGAGUCUCGAGGAUAUGAAGGACUCGAUGAUGACCAUCAUGCUUGGCGGAAAGGAUCCUUCGGCCAUUCUCAUCUCAUGGGCUAUCUUUCUUAUGGCCAAGUAUCCCAGCGUCAUGAAGAAGAUGCAAGCCGAGGUUGCGAGAGUAUGCGGCGAUAAACUGCCCACGGCCUCCGACCUUAAGGAGAUGAUGUACAUUCGCCACGUCAUUAACGAAACCUUUCGGCUGUAUCACCCUCUCGGCAUGAAUGUCAGAAUGGCGCUGAAAGACGCUACCCUGCCUGUUGGAGGCGGCAAGAGCGGAAAGGAACCCCUUGCAGUACCCAAGGACACCACCAUCAUCUACUCUCUUGGCGGCCUCCAACGCCGUAAAGACAUUUACGGCGAAGACGCUCUUGAGUUCCGCCCCGAGCGCUGGGAGGGAGCCAAGAUCAACCGCUGGCAUUUCAUUCCAUACAACCACGGUCCGCGCCACUGCUUGGGCCAGAACUUUGGACAGCAGCAGAUGGAGUACAUUCUUGCCAGAAUCUGCCAGGAGUACCACGAGAUCCGGGUGGCCAAGGGCCAGCGUGAGCAGCAGAUCCGCAUUGAGCUCAACUUGAAGAUGGCGCAUCCCUGCAUGUGCGAGUUUGUACCAAAGUCGAAGGGGGGUUAGGGCCAGUAGUAGUACUAGUAGGCAACGGGAGUUGUCAUGCAGCCGAGAAUUCAUGUCUAAUGAAACCAUCGAGCCAAAUACAGUGGGUUGGGGGACAAGGGAAGCACCAGCACUUCCUUCCGUACAUGAUGUAUUCAACGUAGAACACUGCAAAGUUCCCCCUGUAAGCAUGUCUUAGGGUCGGGAGAGGG